GGUCAAUUUGUGUACCUACACAAUAGCAGUGUACCCUUGUAGUCACGAGGUGUAUUUCAGGUUGACAACGUGCACAGAUCAACACCAAACUAGGCUGCAGCCCAGAUGCAGAUGGUGAGAGACUACCUGAGAAUCAAGUAUAAAGACUAGAGGAAUGUCUAUCGUCUGCAAUGUUCACUACAGAGACUUGGGGGUGAAAAUCAUCGAGCCAGGUAACAUACCAAGUUGAUUCUUCAAUCGGGAGACACACACACACACACACACGCACACGCACAUAUAUAUAUAUACGGAUAUCUUUGACAAUAUUAUAUCAAAAUGGACGCAGACUCGAGUUGCUCUACCGACACUAGCAAGAGUGCUAAUCUAAAAGAUCACUCUCCUACAAACUCUCAAGCUCCAGCCAGAACAGAACAAACUUCUACCUCUCAUAUUACCAACCGUGAAGAUACCGAGGAACAAUCAAUCCCCAGCAAUCUUUCACCCUCCUCAAUCACCCCUCCUAAAAUCAAGAUGCGUAUCACUCCUACUCUGAUUUCAGGCCCUUUAAACCAUGAGAUCCCCACUCGCAAUAGCUCAUCGAUCCCAUCCAUCUCCGCAGCACCCACCGACCCCUAUGUUCACCAACCACAACUCAACUUAUCCGAAAUGCAAAACUUAGUGCACGAAAGACAAGUGCAAACUACCAUGCCCCCAAACAUAGCCCAAUCAACACCUUCCAACCUAGCAAGACAUUUUCAACGUAUCAGUCUUCAAAAUAAGAGGAAAGAUCCCAGUGCGCCUAAACGAGGUAUCAGCGCUUACAUGUUCUACGCCAACGAUCAACAUGAUAGAGUUCGCCAGGAGAAUCCUGCACUUUCAUUCGGACAACUUGGCAUAUUAUUGGGCGAGGAGUGGAGGGCGUUGAGUGUGGGGCAACGUAGUGUGUAUGAGGAGAUGGCAACGAAGGACUUGAGAAGAUAUGAGGAGGAAUUGGCUAGAUAUCGUGGUUGAGUUUCUUUUCAUAGAUCGAUGAUGCUAUGGCUGUCUUCAAUCCCUUGAUUGAUAUAAACGCAUUUCCUUCCAUGAGCAACUUUCCCGUCUUUGGAAAAUGCCAAUUAUCAAUGGAAAGUGAACUGAGGAGUACUUUGAUUGUCGUUCCACGCGAUUCGCCACAACGAACAAUUGGUUCUGAGACAGAAACGCUAGAGCGUAUCACUUGAAAUACGGGUUUCCAUGGGCGGAGACCAGUCUAGGAUAUGGCGAAAUCUUCUUUCUUUAAAAUCAUCAAGAUAGUUUACGAGAACAUGAAUUGAAUGGCCAUAGCGACCGUUCUCCUCAUUCUCCCAGACAUAUAACAUAGAUAUAACAUCUAAUGGAUCCAUACAACCCUACGAGUUCCACCACAGACAAUAAGAACAAUCGACUCUAAAUCCCCCGAGUUUGUGC